CUGUGUUUUUCUAUGAAAAGCACACAAUUUCGAGUCACAACGUUGAAUUAUUAUUAUUAUACUAGAUUUAGUAAAGUAGUAUAACAUAUCAUAGCAGAUAUGCCGACUAGAGAAGUGUUGACUCUCCAGUUCGGACAUUACUCGAAUUUCAUUGGAACGCACUGGUGGAACAUACAGGAAUCGUCUUUUUCCUACGCACCCAAUCAGCAUUCGGAAAUAAAUCAUGAUGUUUUGUAUAGAGAAGGUGAAACAUCAAGGAAAGAGACGACGUUUACACCCAGGCUUCUGUUAGUCGAUCUAAAAGGUAGUGUCGGUCAUUUGACUGAACACGGAAAUUUGUACGGAGCAGUAGAAAAUUCCUUACCUUCGCACAGUGACUUGUGGGAUUUUGAAAAUAUUCAAGUUACAACUGAGCCAGUAGUGAAUAAAGCUCCAUUCAUUCAGAGUUUGGAGAAAGGGCCUACAGAAGGAGGAGAUGCAGUGUUUAAUUUCGAAAACGACGUUACAGUAUGGGCUGAUUAUCUGGUCCCACGUUUCCAUCCAAGGACUGUGAACAUUGUUCGCGACUACGAACAUCAAUCCUUGGAUCAGCCUUUCAACGUAUUUCAUUAUGGUUGUCUUCUGUGGAAAACUGACCAGUUCCAAGAGGAAUUUUCAAACAAAAUAAGAGCCUAUGCUGAAGAAUGCGAUUUCAUGCAAGGCUUUCAGAUUAUUCUAGAUUCUACAAACGGAUUCUCUGGCCUUGGUUCAUCCUGCAUCCAGCACUUACAGGAUGAAUAUGGGAAAAGUAUAAUAGCCUUUCCCGUUAUCGAUGGAAAGAAUUCUAAGAGGUCGCUUAACGACCUAUUCAAAGUAUUGAACACAGCUUUGUGCUACCAAAGUAUAGGAGAACAUUCCUCUUUAUUCAGCCCACUUUGUGUGGGACAAAAUGCUUGGCCUCAGGCCGGUGCUUGCCGUCAAUUUAAUCAUCUAACGUACAAUUCAGACUUGGAUUAUCACAGCAGCUCGCUACUUGCAACUGCAUUAGAUACAAUAAGUCUGAGAUAUAGGCAGAAAGAAUUUUCUACUUCAGCACUGUCAGACCUAUGUGCGGAUCUGAACAAACUUGGUAGAAGAGCAGCAGCUACCAGUUUAAGCCUUCCAUUUCCCAUGACUGCUGGUAAAGAUCUAAUCGACGUUUUGGAUGAUCAUGAAGGCCCUUUGUGGACUAGUUUAACUCCUAGUUGUGACAUAUCAAUGGAUAAGAGUAUGCAAAGUCUUGUACUCAGAGGGAUAAGCGAGGAAAGAUUAAAGAGACUGCCACACGAAGCAAAACUACAGCAGAGGAAAGCUGCUUACAGUUGUUCAAGCGUACACGAAAUGAUGACACUUUAUCUGGCUUGUUCAUGUCACGCUACUGCUACUCAUUUAACCAAUCUCAAAGCACCUUUGACCAUCAAAGAACCAUAUCCUAAUAUUUUCAACAACAAUAUUCACCAGAACGGGGACAUUUCACCUUGGCCAGUUGGAGAAGAAGUUAAAUCCGUUCCUAUAUUGGCUGGACUACACAGCGGAUCCGGUCUUUCACAUAUGUUCGAUUCGCUUCACUCUCAAGCGAGUAGCAUAAAAAGUAUAAGUAAACUUCGGGGUUUCAAAGAUUCGGGAUUUGAACAAGAUGAACUUGUCGAAUGUCUUGAUCAACUGCUUACGUACAAAGAAGCCUACGAAGAUCAUUACGAAUGAGUUGUACUCUGUAUUUUCAUUAACCCACUGCUUUGGAGUUAUGCAAAAAUUUGAAAAUUUGAGGCUAUUAAUUGUCGCCUAAAUGUUGUUCAAUAAACCGUCGUUAGUAUUUAUUAAAUAAUUAUAUUUUUACUUUAUAUUACAUUUUUUACUCGCUGCUAGACGCUUACCGAUAAUAAAACGUGCUUUUUA